AUGCCAAUUUUAUUAAAAGAUGUAAAAUGGACUCAAACUGAAGGCGAAAUCAAUGUCGAUCUGAAAUUUAGUAGCAAACUUACGAAACCAGUCGAUAUUUUCACAUCGAAACACUACAUCAAAGUCAGCAGCCCACCGUACCUCUGGGAAGCUUUUCUGUCUCAUGAAAUCGACACGGACGAAAGUAGAUGUCAACUUUCCGCUAGUCUUGUUCAAUUUUCGCUCAAAAAAUGCGAGUCAAUUCAUUGGGAGUCACUAGAGAAGCUACAAAUCGAUAACGGUGCAAAAGCGCAAAUCCGUGAAGAAGCCGUUAAGGAAAAACAAGAGUCGAUUAAGAAGAAACAAAAAGAAACUAUAAAAUAUAAGGAGGCCAAAAAACGUGAAGAAAUUGUAAACUCCACGUCACGUGAUGCCAAAACACGUGAAGAUUAUCAGAAAAUUGUCAAUCCGAAGAAAGUUAUUGAGGAAACUUUAAGUUCUAAAAUAGAAGAAACGAAAAUUACCGAAAAAGUCGUUGAAAACCCUGUAGAAAGCCCUAAGGAGGAGAAGAAAAAAGUAGAAAUUGUGCCGCCACCAAUUCGUAAACCUCCUGUCGAAGUAAAAAAAGACUUACCUGGAAUUCGCAAAACUAGCAACAUUUCAAUCUCCUUUUCGAAUCGAAACUUUAUCACGCCCAAACGUGAGUCGCAAGAAGAUGAAGAACGGGAAUGGUUGUUGAAGCAAAAAGACGUUCGCAAAGCAAUUGGCUUCGAUGAGGAAGACUUACGUCCCGAAGAACGAAAUCCACAUUGGUUGAAGGAAAAGGGCGAUCACUUUUAUCAACAGGGCAAUUUCCUGGGAGCCAUUUCCGCGUAUUCCACUGCUAUUCGUAUGACAGACCAAUAUUGGGAGCUUUUCAUGAAUCGUGCGGCAGCUCACUUUUCCGCAGAAAAUUUUCAAAAAUGUGCCGAAGACUGUUCCAGAGCUUAUGAUUUGCUGACACCACCGUGCGAAGCUAACUUGCAGGCAAGACAAAAUUGUUUGGCACGUCGUGGUGCCGCACUCGCGCGAAUGGGACUGAUCCGACAAGGCUACGAGGAAGUUGUGGCUGCACUAAAACUGAAAUACGACAAGCAAUUGGAACGAGAUGCUGAAAUGUUGAGAUGUAAAUUGCAGAAUAGCGAAUAAAAAUCCUUUA